CAAGACACAGCAUCACAACUUGCUCUCCUCUCCUCUCGAGUUCAGCUCAGCAGAAGCUAAACCGAACCACCAUGUUCAAGCUGGUCGCUUUCUUCGCCCUGGUGGCUGUGGCCGCGGCCAAGCCCGGAGUUCUGCUGGGCGCCCCUGUGGUGCACGCCGCCCCCGUGUCGGUGUCCCACUCCAGCAUUGUGCAGUCGCACUCUAGCCCCGUCGUCUACAAGGCCGCCGUCCCCGUCGUGCACGCCGCCCCCGUCGUCCACUCCGUCCCCGUCGUCAGGACCGUCCCCGUUGUGCACGCCGCCCCCGUCGUCCACGCCGCUCCCCUCGCCGUCCACCACCUGAAGAAGCGUGGAGUCAUCGCCGCCCCCGUCGUCCCCGUCGUGCACGCCGCCCCCGUGUCCGUCUCCCACUCCAGCAUUGUGCAGUCUCACUCUAGCCCCGUGGUCUACAAGGCUGCCGUCCCCGUCGUCCACGCCGCCCCCGUCGUCCACUCCGUCCCCGUCGUCAGGACCGUCCCCGUUGUCCACGCCGCCCCCGUCGUCCACGCCGCUCCCCUCGCCGUCCACCACCUGAAGAAGCGUGGAGUCAUCGCCGCCCCCGUCGUCCCCGUCGUGCACGCCGCCCCCGUGUCCGUCUCCCACUCCAGCAUUGUGCAGUCUCACUCUAGCCCCGUGGUCUACAAGGCUGCCGUCCCCGUCGUCCACGCCGCCCCCGUCGUCCACUCCGUCCCCGUCGUCAGGACCGUCCCCGUCGUCCACGCCGCCCCCGUCGUCCACUCCGUGCACGCCGCCCCCGUCGUCCACUCCGUGCACGCCGCCCCCGUGCUGGUGCAUUAAGGCCUAGCCCCAGUCCUAUCCCCAUCCCCUCAUCCUCCAAUAUUUAUUUCCCUUGCCCCAAUCCUUCGCUCAGUACCUGGUAGUGACAGAAACCAAUAAGAAAUAAACCAUGGAAAUUUUCCGAUAAAAUAA